AACGGCGUCCCUCCUGGAAAACCUGACUCAGGCGGAGCCCGCCCCCGCCCCCGCCCGCGGACCCCCGCCGACACCCCCACCUCCACCAACCCCACCUGGCGGGGACCUCAGCCCGUCCGCGCGGGAGGCGAGGGAGGCCGGGGAAGCCCCGCGCUUCAGGGGCCCUGGUGGGGGCGGUGCGGGGGGCGGGCCCUCCCUCGCUGACGCCGCCGCCGCUGCCGAGCCCGGGACCCAGAGCGCGGGCAGCGGAGCGGGCGCCAGGCCGGCGGGGCAGGAUGCGCUACCGGGCGUCGGCCCUGGGCAGUGACGGGGUUCGGGUGACCAUGGAGAGUGCGCUGACUGCCCGUGACCGGGUGGGGGUGCAGGAUUUCGUGCUGCUGGAGAACUUCACCAGCGAGGCCGCCUUUAUCGAGAACCUGAGGCGGCGGUUUCGGGAGAACCUCAUCUAUACCUACAUUGGUCCUGUCCUGGUCUCUGUCAACCCCUACCGGGACCUGCAGAUCUACAGCCGGCAGCACAUGGAGCGUUACCGUGGCGUCAGCUUCUAUGAAGUGCCCCCUCAUCUGUUUGCCGUGGCUGACACUGUAUACCGAGCACUGCGUACAGAGCGUCGGGACCAGGCAGUGAUGAUCUCUGGGGAGAGUGGGGCAGGCAAGACUGAGGCCACCAAGAGGCUGCUACAGUUCUAUGCAGAGACCUGCCCAGCCCCCGAGCGCGGAGGUGCUGUGCGGGACCGGCUGCUGCAGAGCAACCCGGUGCUGGAGGCCUUUGGAAAUGCCAAGACCCUCCGGAACGAUAACUCCAGCAGGUUUGGGAAGUACAUGGAUGUGCAGUUUGACUUCAAGGGUGCCCCCGUGGGUGGCCAUAUCCUCAGUUACCUCCUGGAAAAGUCACGAGUGGUGCACCAGAAUCACGGGGAGCGGAACUUCCACGUCUUCUACCAGCUGCUGGAGGGGGGCGAGGAGGAAACUCUUCGCAGGCUGGGCUUGGAACGGAACCCCCAGAGCUACCUGUACCUGGUGAAGGGCCAGUGUGCCAAAGUCUCCUCCAUCAACGACAAGAGUGACUGGAAGGUGGUCAGGAAGGCUCUGACAGUCAUUGAUUUCACUGAGGAUGAAGUGGAGGACCUGCUGAGCAUCGUGGCCAGCGUCCUGCAUUUGGGUAACAUCCACUUUGCUGCCGACGAGGAGAGCAACGCCCAGGUCACCACCGAGAACCAACUGAAGUAUCUGACCAGGCUCCUCAGCGUGGAAGGCUCGACGCUGCGAGAAGCCCUGACACACAGGAAGAUCAUCGCCAAGGGGGAGGAGCUCCUGAGCCCGCUGAACCUGGAGCAGGCCGCCUACGCGCGAGACGCUCUCGCCAAGGCUGUGUACAGCCGCACUUUUACCUGGCUCGUGGGGAAGAUCAACAGGUCGCUGGCCUCCAAGGACGCGGAGAGCCCCAGCUGGCGGAGCACCACGGUUCUCGGGCUCCUGGAUAUUUAUGGCUUCGAAGUGUUUCAGCAUAACAGCUUUGAGCAGUUCUGCAUCAAUUACUGCAACGAGAAGCUGCAGCAGCUCUUCAUCGAGCUCACGCUCAAGUCGGAGCAGGAGGAGUACGAGGCAGAGGGCAUCGCGUGGGAGCCCGUCCAGUAUUUCAACAACAAGAUCAUCUGUGAUCUGGUGGAGGAGAAGUUUAAGGGCAUCAUCUCGAUUUUGGAUGAGGAGUGUCUGCGCCCCGGGGAGGCCACGGACCUGACCUUCCUGGAGAAACUGGAGGACACGGUCAAGCACCAUCCACACUUCCUGACGCACAAGCUGGCUGACCAGCGGACCCGGAAAUCUCUGGGCCGAGGGGAAUUCCGCCUUCUGCACUACGCUGGGGAGGUGACUUACAGCGUGACAGGGUUUCUGGACAAAAACAAUGACCUUCUCUUCCGGAACCUUAAGGAGACCAUGUGUAGCUCGAAGAAUCCCAUUAUGAGUCAGUGCUUCGACCGGAACGAGCUCAGUGACAAGAAGCGGCCAGAGACGGUCGCCACCCAGUUCAAGAUGAGCCUCCUGCAGCUGGUGGAGAUCCUGCAGUCCAAGGAGCCCGCCUACGUCCGCUGCAUCAAGCCUAAUGAUGCCAAACAGCCCGGCCGCUUUGAUGAGGUGCUGAUCCGGCACCAGGUGAAGUACCUGGGGCUGAUGGAGAACCUGCGCGUGCGCAGAGCCGGCUUUGCCUAUCGCCGCAAAUACGAAGCUUUUCUGCAAAGGUACAAGUCACUGUGCCCAGAGACAUGGCCCACGUGGGCAGGACGGCCGCAGGAUGGGGUGGCUGUGCUGGUCCGACACCUGGGCUACAAGCCAGAAGAGUACAAGAUGGGCAGGACCAAGAUCUUCAUCCGCUUCCCCAAGACCCUGUUUGCCACAGAGGAUGCCCUGGAGGUCCGGCGGCAGAGCCUAGCCACAAAGAUCCAAGCUGCCUGGAGGGGCUUUCACUGGCGGCAGAAAUUCCUCCGGGUGAAGCGAUCAGCCAUCUGCAUCCAGUCGUGGUGGCGUGGAACGCUGGGCCGGAGGAAGGCAACCAAGAGGAAGUGGGCAGCGCAGACCAUCCGGCGGCUAAUCCGAGGCUUCAUCCUGCGCCACGCCCCUCGUUGCCCGGAGAACGCCUUCUUCCUGGACCAUGUGCGCACCUCUUUUUUGCUAAAUCUGCGGCGGCAGCUGCCCCGGAAUGUCCUGGACACCUCCUGGCCCACGCCCCCACCUGCCCUGCGUGAGGCCUCAGAGCUUCUGCGGGAGCUGUGCAUAAAGAACAUGGUGUGGAAAUACUGCCGGAGUAUCAGCCCUGAGUGGAAGCAGCAGCUGCAGCAGAAAGCAGUGGCUAGUGAGAUCUUCAAGGGCAAGAAGGAUAAUUACCCUCAGAGUGUGCCCAGACUCUUCAUCAGCACCCGGCUUGGUGCAGACGAGAUCAGCUCCCGAGUGCUGCAGGCCCUGGGCUCUGAGCCCAUUCAGUACGCUGUGCCUGUCGUGAAAUACGACCGCAAGGGCUACAAGCCUCGCUCCCGGCAGCUGCUGCUGACGCCCAACGCCGUGGUCAUCGUGGAGGACGCCAAAGUCAAGCAGAGGAUUGAUUACGCCAACCUGACCGGAAUCUCUGUCAGCAGCCUGAGCGACAGUCUGUUUGUGCUUCAUGUACAGCGUGAGGACAAUAAGCAAAAGGGAGAUGUGGUGCUGCAGAGUGACCAUGUGAUUGAGACGCUGACCAAGACAGCCAUCAGUGCCGACCGCGUGAACAACGUCAACAUCAACCAGGGCAGCAUCACGUUUGCAGGGGGCCCCGGCAGGGAUGGUACCAUCGACUUCACCCCCGGCUCGGAGCUGCUCAUCACCAAGGCCAAGAACGGGCACCUGGCUGUGGUCGCUCCCAGGCUGAAUUCCCGGUGAUAAAGGCGCUCACUGGAUUCCCAGCUCCCAGCGCUUUGCUUCUCUCCUCCCCUCCCAAUUACCAAAGACUCAAACUUCCAGAUGAGGACCCAGGGACACCCCAAAGCCCCCCUGCUGACUCCCACCUCCUGCCCAUCCCUCAGGGACCCAGGGACACCCCGAAACCCUCCUGCCAUCUCCCACCUCCUGCCCAUCCCUCAGACGGGGACCCAGGGACGCCCCGAAGCCCACCUGCCGUCUCCCACCUCCUGCCCAUCCCUCUCGAGGGAGCAGCAGGGGCCAGGAGCUACCCCAGGAGUGGGCCAGGCCGGGCCACAGCAAUAGCAAAGCCAGGGCCAGAGCGAGCCAUGCCAGCCCUACUGCUGAUGCCAAAUGUUGGAGAGAAGGGAACUUUUGCUGAGGUCUUCUCUGAGGUUUUUUUUGAUGCUUUAUAGGAAACUAUUUAAAAAAAAAAAAGCCAUUUCCCACCCGAGGACACACUGGGUGUGUUUUCCCUGACCCCAGCAGGGCAAGGAAUAUAGCCAAGAGGUGGGGUGGGCUGGGCUCUGGUGCCCUCUUCGCUGGCCAGGCCACCUCUCCUCCUGAUUCCCUUGGCACCUUGUCUGUCUACCUGUCUCCCUGCCUGCCCAUCUGCACCUUUUACAGCCCACUCUGACUUCCAUCUGCAGGCUGAGACCACGCUUGCCUGCCCUCUUCUUCCUGCCUUAAGAAUGUCCUUUUAGGCCGGGCACGGUGGCUCACACCUGUAAUCCCAGCACUCUGGGAGGCCGAGGUGGGCUGAUCACCUGAGGUUAGGAGUUCGAGACCAGCCUCACCUACAUGAAGAAACUCCGUCUCUAGUAAAAAUACAAAAUUAGCUGGGCAUGGUGGUGCACGCCUGUAAUCCCAGCUACUCGGGAGGCUGCGGCAGGAGAAUCGCUUGAACCCGGGAAGUGGAGGUUGCAGUGAGCCAAGAUUACACCACUGCACUCCAGUCUGGGCAACAGAGCGAGACACCGUCUCAAAAAAAAAGAAAAAAAGAACGCCCUUUUACUGUUCUCAUCAUCGCAGUCUGAGGCCGUGCCGGAGUGGGGAAGGAUGUCUUACGCCAUAGAAGUUGGAAGACUGGGAGAUCAUCCAGCUUAGCCCCUUGAUGUUUUAGAGCAGAAGACGGAUGCCCAAACAGAAGGCACUUGCCCGCGGUCAUACGGCAGGUUGCCACAAAACCAGGACAGCAGCCCCUCCUCAGCGUGCCUCACUGCCACUCCCAGGGACUGGGAGCCCCAUAAAACCCAGUCAUGUCUUGACAGCAGAUCUGGCUUCUUGACCAGCAAUCAGCCCUGGGGGCCGCCGGGUGGGAAGAGUACCUCUGCCAGAGUCCAGGCCUUAGGAUGACAGACAGCUUGCCUGCACACUUGGGCCCCACUCAACGAUGUAGGGCCUUUUCUGGCCCCUGACCCCUCCCUGGCAUGGGAGCAUGGGGAAUGGCUGGCCUUGGGGGGAGCGGCAAGGGCACCACCUCUUUCUGCUGCUUCUUCCCACCCCUACCCUCAAGGGCCUGGGGGCUGCCCAGCUGCCUCUGUGCCCUUCCGGGGAUCUCAGCCCACUGCUGACACUUCUGCAAUCCAGAGAAACACUAAAUAAAGCAAUAUGUGUUUGCCAA